CACAGCCUUGGGUGAGAGUGGAAGGCACACAUCUCCCCAUUUUAGACCGCUGUGAAAAAUAUAUAAAAGUAAUACCAGGCGAUCGGCUGUACUAAACCCUCUGGAUUACUCCAAUGCAUCCUGCUGGAGCGAAGUCUAAAAGAAAGGGUCGAGACCUUACCCAUUGUGCUACUGGUCAGGAUGCUGGCCACCGUAAACGACACCAGAUAUCAGGGCCACAGCAUGAGCAAACUGCUGAGGGCGAUAUUCAUGCCGCGGUAGAGCUAGAGAAUGAGCUUCUGGCCACCGACUGCAGAACGUCUCCAGCAAUGGGGCAUGCAUAUGCACGUUGACCACGUCUUUGAUCUCGUUCCAUUCUGGCGCCAAGCGGUCGAUGCAGCAGAGCGGGGUGAGGAACUUCGACUGGAGGAGUUUCUUGAGAAGAUGGAGGGGGAUGGGGGGUGGACACUUGCGAGCGAUGUGUGGAAUUUGCUAGCGGACCAGAGGAGAUCGUCACGAAAGGCUGCUUCUGACUUAACUCCUAUGGGCGAACAGGACAAGGGGUGGGGCAUAGUGGAGGACUGGGCUAUUCAUGACUCCGACGGAAGAAGUAAUAAGGAUUGGGACACGGCGAAACACUGGACUACGGUAGCUCAUGACCAUCAUGCAGAAUGGAAUGUCGCAGAGACCUGGGAUAUCACUGAACAGACCCCGGCCCCUCACUGGACCUACGACGAUCCACACGACUUCGUUGAUAGCAUCGCGCGACAAGAAGCAGUGAGUGAGGAGCGACGAAAGCAGAUGCAUAUGUUCUUUCAGAUGCCAACUGAGCAAAAGAUCCGGAAAAUUCGAGAGAUAAUCAAGUCCCUACAUACGCAACACCGGUACCCAUGACUCGCUGCUGGGACAGCGUUUCGGUUCUUCCGUGGUUCUCCCAGGCUGACUUCUUCGUGCUGACCUUUUUGGGUACUGACACAAUUACUGUGCGCGUUCGAGAUCACUGAUUUAUCACGCAAGACAAUUUCUUGGUUUGACUCUCAUAUCGAGAUAGUUAUUUCCCCAGCGCAUAAAACCACGUGUGCAUAUAUGUCCUUUCUUUACGUUGUUUGUCUGGACUGGCAUGCCUGCAGCAAACAGUCUGUGUAGACAGUACGUUGGAGGAGUAGCAGCACCACCAGGUAUAAAGGGAGGUCCGACGCCCUCCUCCAUACUGUAGCGAUCGCCUCGC